ACCGAAUGUUGAAUAAAAUGCCUCAAUCACCUACUGGAUGAGAUGGAAAGAAACCUUAAGAUAGAAAAUUCACAAAUGGAACCAACAUCUGAUAAUCAAGGAAUCGAUACUACCACCACCCGGGCACAGGAGCUCAUCACCUGUGACCUAAACUGUGUGAAGCCUGUCCAACAGUUCUGUAACAAUUGUCAAGUCGGUAUAUGUGCAGACUGCAUCAAAAAACACGUUGAGAGCCUCACGUCUAUGAAACAUUACAUUGUUCCUUUCACAAAACGCACAAUCCAACUGGUGUUUCCUCAAUGUACAUCUCAUUCCCCCAAGAAAUGUGAGGCCCAUUGUCAACAGUGUGAUAUUCCGGUCUGCAUGAAAUGUGUCACAGGUCCACAUAAAGGUCAUGAUGUUGUCGACAUGGCAGACAACAUCGCCAGAAAGAGAGAAAAUAUUAAAAGAGAAACAUAAGAAAUUGAAGGCAUUAUUAUUCCAAAGAACAAGGAAUACGAUGCAUAUACUGAACAGAAAAUUGCCAUAUCGAAGACCCACUACUCUCAUCUAGAAAAAGAAGCUACAGAGAAAAGAGAGAAAUGGCACCUCGAAAUAGACAAUAUAUUUGACAAACUUGAAUCACUGAUCCAAUUAUUCAAAAAGCGAGAAAUUAUGAUUCUGAAGUAUUGCCAGUCCCAACUCCAAAGUCAUAAUUCCAGUAUGACACAAACUGUUAAAGAAAACAAAGAAAUCCUGAAGUCCAACAACGUGUCUGAUGUCAACAAUUACAAAUCCAAAUAUAUUGAAUUUAGAGUCAUUCCACAAGUACCUCAUUUCAAAUCACCCUCUCUCAAAACAAACACAGUUCAAGGAAGAGAACUCAAUCUAGAAUUCAGAGAUUACAAGGCAACACUGACACAGGCACAACUAUCAAUACCCAGUCUGACAGAUGAAAUCCUCUCUUUACCUGUUAAGGAAUUAUUAAAAGAAGCCAAAGUGAUUGCAAAUGUUAAAACAGGUGUCAAAGAGUUACUUAGUGUAGCAUGUGUUGGAUCAGAUAAAGUUUGGAUCAAUGGAACAGACAAAAUGAUACAGUGUUUUGACAUACAUGGAAGUGUGCAAGACACUGUCACCAGUACAUGUCCUUUGUCCCCUAAUGGCAUUGCAGUGAACAGACAGGGAGAAUUGAUUUAUAGUAAUGGUCCCAGUAGAACUGUGAACGUUGUCAGACACGGGGAGACAGAGACGCUAAUCACCACCUCACGAGACUGGCAUCCAAUGGGACUGUGCUGUACCAGAUCAGGCGACAUCCUGGUCAGUAUGAGUACUACUGAUAGAAGUCAUCACAAAAUUGUCCGUUAUCAGGGACAGAAUGUUACACAGGAAAUAGAUAAUGAUGAACACUGGAAACCAAUAUAUCAAGGAGGGGGGUACCUAGUGUAUGUGACAGAGAACAACAAUGGUGACAUCGUGGCUUCCGAUCAAAAUGCUAAAAGAGUGGUAGUGGUCAACAGAACAGGAACAGUCCGAUUCCGAUAUAACGACAAACCACCGGGAGGAGAGAAAUCAUUCAGCCCAGGGCAAAUAGUGACCGACUCAAUGAGACAUAUUAUUGUGGCAGAUUACCACAAUGCCUGUCUACACAUUCUAGAUCAGAAUGGACAAUUCAUUAAAGGUAUUGACAAGUGUGGAUUAAAUGAUGGGCCUCAUGGACUGAUUGUGGACUGUGAUGGGAGGUUGUGGGUAGGGUUGUGCAAAUCAGGAGAAAUAAAAGUGAUCCAGUACAUGGAAUAAACACCCAGAUAUUCACACUAAGUACAUGUAUCAAUUUUAUAAACACAUUAACGUAUUUGGAUAUUCUACCGAAAAUUAGCGUUAAUAGUAAACUCAUAAUCGAAUUUUGUGACAAACGGUAUGACUUUAGCUUCUUCAUUGUCAAAUUCCCACAUUUAUAUACUGCAUAUCAUGUGAAUAUUAAACAUUAAUAACCAUGACACACAUCAGGCAGCACUUGACCCAAUGACAGGUUACAUUGGCAAACUAGAUAUCGAUACAGUAACGACCAUAGAAUUUGCGAAAUGCCGACUUCAAACGAUACUGAUUGGUAAUUACCAAACCAAGCGAAUCAAUGGGGGUAUAGCAUCGAUAUAUUGUUCCCGGUGUAGCGACGCUACAUGUCCCGGUUCAUGUGAUAACUUACGCAUCCUUGUAAACACUCAUGAAACAAUAACUUUAUAUUGUUAGCUGAACUUUGAGUUGAAUAAGACUACAAAACUAUGCCAAGUGAUAGAUUCGAUACAAAUUAAAUCGCGAAGUCUAAAACUUUAUCUUAUUUAAACCCAACAACAUGUUCCAGUAUUUGGAAUGCAGGAGCGUUUACAAUAUUUCUGUUUUUAAAGGAUUCGUCUAUAAGAAACACAAGUGCAGGGACAUAGCUUGACUGUGAUAAUAAGUGAGGCGUAAUCAUGAAUAUCUGCAAGAGGUAGGCAUCCAGCGGAUCCAGGACGGUUCCGUGGUUGGGAGAGACGAAAACAGAUUUUAGGAACAUUGAAUGUGAAAUUCAUGCCUUUUCUGCGCACACUUUUGUUAAUUUCUCCGGUGUCAUUAUUAAAGAUGUCAAUCCACCUGUUAUGGAGCGUAGUUAUUAGCUUUCAGAAUAUUAAAAUUUCUAAAGAUAAUCAGACAUGUAGUAAGUUAAUUUAUUGUCAUUUCUAGGAUGUCUAAAAUUUGAACUGCCCACUUUGGUGAUGCUAUGUUACAACUUACUUUGAAAAAUACGCACUUUGAAAUAUUAUGCACUUUGAAAAAUUAUGGACUUUGAAAGUUUUGUCAAAGUGCGUUGAUUUGGUCCCAAAUUUAAUUGAUAGACGAGGGGGGAAUUGGCAGUGGCUAGAUGAGAAGUAUUAAGUUAAUAAUAUAAUGUUGAUUAAGUAUAGAUGAACUUUGCAUUGGAAGAGAGUUGAUGAUACAUACCGUAGGUUGUUUACAAAUUAAUGAGGAGGAUAUAGAUUCGGUCAGGUAGAAGGAUGACCAAUCGGAUUGUAAGAGACGAGGGACCAACGGUCAAGUAUCUACACAUAUUAUGUACAAGAAAAAAAAAUUGAAUUAUGCAAAAACGCAGAAGUGAAGUUGGAUAUGCAAUUUCGAAUUACAGAAUUUUCAAAGAAAGAGUUGAGUGGUUUUUGAAUUUUAAUUAAAAGUCAAUGUCAAUGGUGCAUAUGUUUUAAAGAUACAACAAAUAUGGUCAGGGAUGUUAGAGGAUGUGCGGAUGCAUAAAUGCGAGGAACAGAGACAGGGUUCUUCAGUAGCCGAUACAGGCAAGCAAUAUAGUAUAGAUGUACAUUUCUGAAAUAACUUUUCAAACUUUCAGAUGGAUUAUUAGAUUUUUGUGUUAGUUUCAUAAUAAUGUAUGUAAUAUUUUCUUGUUUGAUGUGUGAUAUUUUUUUGUAAUCCAUAAUGAUAAUGAUAGAAUGUUUCAUUAAUAAAUUAGAAUCCAAUACAGA